AUUGCGCUCCCUCUUCAGGUGAUCGAUCCUGCCUGCUGAGGCAAGCGGGCGGAUGGUCCUCGGAGCUGCUUGCUCUCCUGCAAAAAUGCUUUCUAAAAGCAACCACUUGCUUAGGAAAUUCUCGACCACAGCCAGGGACUACUAUCAAAAUAAACUAAAGCUAGCUUUAAUAGGCCAGAGUCUGUUUGGACAAGAAGUCUACAAGCAUUUGCAAAAAGAAGGGCACAAAGUGGUUGGAGUGUUCACAGUCCCAGACAAAAAUGGGAAAGCAGAUCCUUUGGCCUCAGCUGCCGAAAGGGAUGGAACUCCUGUCUUCAAAUUCCCAAGGUGGAGAGUUAAAGGCAAACCUAUCCAGGAAGUUCUUGAAGCCUAUAACUCAGUUGCAGCAGAAUUGAAUGUCCUUCCAUUCUGCACACAGUUCAUUCCAAUGGAGGUUAUUGACAGUCCAAAGCAUGGCUCUAUUAUUUACCAUCCCUCAAUCCUUCCUCGCCACCGAGGAGCAUCUGCAAUCAAUUGGACUUUAAUUCAAGGAGAUAAGAAGGCUGGAUUUUCAGUUUUUUGGGCAGACGAAGGUUUGGACACAGGACCAAUUCUUCUGCAGAGGGAAUGCGAUGUUGGUCCAAAUGAAACUGUUGAUGACCUGUAUAAUCGGUUUCUUUUCCCAGAGGGAAUCAAAGCUAUGACAGAAGCUGUGCAGCUAAUUGCUGAUGGCCAAGCUCCUCGGAUACCUCAGCCUGAAGAAGGUGCUACCUAUGAAGGCAUCCAGAAGAAAGAAAAUGCCAAGAUUUCUUGGGAUCAACCAGCUUUAUCUUUGCAUAACUGGAUCAGAGGACAUGAUAAAGUACCUGGAGCCUGGGCAGAAAUCAAUGGCCAGAUGGUUACUUUCUAUGGCUCAUCCAUUCUUGAUGGCUUACCACCUUCAGGUGAAGAACUGGAAAUACAAGGUGCUGCAAAACCUGGUCUGGUAACUGACAAAGGUCUGGUUCUGUUUGGCAAUGAUGGAAAGACGCUGCUAGUAAAGAAUCUUCAGUUGGAAGAUGGAAAAAUGAUCCCAGCAUCUAACUACUUCGCCACUGAUGAGGUAGCUGCAAUAGAACUUUCUGAAGAAGAGAAAAAGAUGGCAGAAGAUAUCAAGUCCAUUUGGAAGGGAAUUUUGAGCAACGUGGCUGAAAUUGAAGACACCACUGAUUUCUUUAAAGCUGGAGCAACAUCAAUGGAUGUGGUUAGGGUGAUUGAAGAGAUCAAGCAAAAAUGUGCUGGACUUGAACUUCAGAAUGAAGCUAUCUACAUGGCCCCCAGAUUUGGUGAUUUUGUUCAAAUGGUCGUCAGAAAGCACAGAGGAGAAGACAAGGAAGAAGAAUUAGAGAUAGAUUAUGUUUCAAAAUAUAUUAACCACAUGACUAUAAAGAUGCCAUAUCAAUGUUUCAUCAAUGGGAGAUUUGUAAAUGCUGAAGGUGGAAACACGUAUGACUCUAUAAAUCCAACAGAUGGAUCAGUGAUUGCUAAAGUGUCCCUGGCUACGGUGAGUGAUGUUGACAGAGCCGUGGGAGCAGCAAAAGAUGCCUUUGAAUAUGGUGAAUGGGGAAAGAUGAAUGCAAGAGAAAGAGGACAAUUAAUGUACAGACUUGCGGAUCUGAUGGAAGAACAUCAAGAAGAGCUGGCAACCAUAGAGGCUGUUGACUCAGGAGCUGUGUACACAUUAGCUUUGAAGACCCAUGUAGGAAUGUCAGUGCAAACAUUCCGAUAUUUUGCUGGAUGGUGUGACAAAAUACAGGGUUCUACCAUUCCAAUAAAUCAAGCACGACCAAACCACAAUUUAACGUUCACCAGAAAAGAACCCUUAGGAGUCUGUGCUAUUGUUAUUCCAUGGAAUUAUCCACUGAUGAUGCUGGCAUGGAAGAGUGCGGCGUGUUUGGCUGCUGGCAAUACUUUAGUUCUGAAACCAGCACAGGUAACUCCGCUGACUGCCUUGAAAUUUGGAGAGCUCUCUGUGAAAGCUGGAUUUCCUAAAGGCGUUAUCAAUAUUUUACCUGGUUCAGGUGGUUUAGUAGGACAACGCUUAUCAGAACAUCCAGACAUCCGUAAACUUGGGUUCACUGGCUCAACACCAAUUGGGAAACAUAUCAUGAAAAGCUGUGCUGUCAGUAACCUGAAGAAGGUUUCUUUGGAACUGGGUGGAAAAUCCCCACUGAUCAUAUUCAAUGACUGUGAACUUGACAAAGCUGUGAGAAUGGGCAUGGGAGCAGUAUUCUUCAACAAAGGAGAGAAUUGCAUUGCAGCUGGUAGACUGUUUGUUGAGGAAUCUAUUCAUGAUGAAUUUGUUAAAAGAGUGGUGGAAGAAACCCGGAAGAUGAAAAUAGGUGAUCCACUGGAUAGAGCCACAGACCAUGGACCUCAAAAUCACAAAGCACAUUUGGAAAAGCUUCUGGAGUACUGCCAAACUGGAGUAAAAGAAGGAGCAACUUUAUUAUAUGGAGGAAGACAAGUAUGUAGACCAGGCUUUUUCAUGGAACCUACCAUAUUUACUAAUGUUGAGGAUGACAUGCAUAUUGCCCAUGAAGAAUCCUUUGGGCCAGUGAUGAUCAUUUCCAAGUUCAAAGACGGAGAUGUUGAUGGAGUGUUAGAACGAGCCAACAGAACAGAAUACGGUUUGGCUUCAGGUGUUUUCACCAAAGACAUAAGUAAAGCACUAUAUGUCAGUGACAAACUGGAAGCCGGAACUGUUUUUAUUAACACUUAUAACAAAACUGAUGUGGCAGCACCAUUUGGUGGAUUCAAGCAGUCUGGUUUUGGAAAAGAUUUAGGUGAAGAAGCUCUUAAUGAGUACCUGAGAACAAAAGCUGUAACUGUGGAAUACUGAACAGCUCAGCCAAGAAGCCCCAUUCUUCCUCUGACCCACGGCAACUAAAGGAUUACAAACAACAAAGUAGAAAAUGCUUCCUGGCCUGAACAUGCCAACUAGUGUCUCAGUGCAAUGAUCCAAUUAAGAACAUUUGCAUUUAUUCACAAUGGGAUUCCUCAGAGGAGUUAAAAACUUGCUACGGAUUACUGUGAUCACAAAGUAUUCUUUCCUGUAGCUAUCAUGUUCUCCUCCAUCUGCUGACAUUUAGGGCUAAAUGAAGGCGAGACAGAAAUCCAGAAACCAUCAAAUUUCUGAUAUUUUGUCUCUAUGAACCUUUUACUUAAGUUGGAAACAUGCUAUAAUUUUUUUAUUUGUCCUCAGUAACCAUGGGGGUCUUGGCCACUUUACACCAGCAUCAUACUUUUUUCCUGCAAUAAACAUUUUGCAUAUUUGAACUAACUCAGAAAACCAGUUCACCAUAAACAUGGUUUAUGUACCCAAGGAAGUGCACUUAUUAUGAAUCUGUACAAUAAAGAACUGAACAUCCGUGUUAUUCCCCUAAAUAAUAAAAAAAGUAGUAGAACUAUUUUGUAAUCUGUUUGCCAAUGAGUUGUAUGUGAUCUCUAAUUGUGGGUGCCACAUUAAAUAAAUGCUUUUUGGAUGUCCUGUAGUAUUUAAUGACCUAGUAUUGCAUCUGUAAGAUAAUCUCUCUCGCUCUGUAAUACAUUUACAAUGUUUUAAAGUUAGGGGUCCCCAACCCCCAGUCUGUGGCAUUGGUCCACGAUAUGUCAGAAACUGGUCCAUGCAAAAAAAGCGACGGCCCAACCACGGGACGCAGGCAACACACAAAACCAUGCUCCCUCAGGUCCACAGAAAAUCUUUUCUCCACAGAACUGGUCCCUGAUGCCCAAAAGGUUGGGGGCCACUGCUCUAA